AUGGGAGUCGCUGUUCACAUGCCUCUGUUGCUCAAUUAUGGUUCACCCGAGCACACACAACUGAAGGACCUCAAGGAUGUGAUGGUCAGAAUAUCACUCUACACUGUCGUGCUCGUACUUCAGCCAUUGUGGUACAUAUUGACGAUGCCGGAAUUCAGCGCCAACGCUGGCGUGUUGUUCAAUCAGUACGGUCAGAACACUGAAAGGAAAUGGCAAAGUGCAGAUGAUCCACCAGAAGGAGUUGAGCAUGUCGAUAAGUUCGGAGAUCAAAAUCCGUUCGGCUCCUGGUACUCUGCUGCUGGAAAUGUAACUGGCGAAGCCGGCCUCCCUAUCGGAAAUGAGAGAAGCGUCAGCUUUUACUAUGAUAGAAUGUAG